AUGGCGGAGCAUCACCCGGUCUCCGACAACAAACACAAAUCCUUGCUGAACUCUGGAGCGUCGUACUCGGGGAACGGACGCAGCAGCACGGCGGUGGUGGCGGAGAGAGGCAGCAACGCCGGGCAAGGAGGAGGAGGUCUGUCCGGCGGCCUGUCGCAGCCGGCUGGGUGGCAGUCUUUGCUGUCUUUCACCAUCCUGUUCCUGGCCUGGCUGGCCGGUUUCAGCGCCCGGCUCUUCGCUGUCAUUCGCUUCGAGAGCAUCAUUCACGAGUUUGACCCCUGGUUCAACUACAGGUCGACUCACCACCUCGCCACCAAUGGCUUCUAUGAGUUCCUCAACUGGUUUGACGAAAGAGCCUGGUACCCUCUGGGUAGGAUAGUAGGGGGCACGGUGUACCCAGGCCUGAUGGUCACGGCGGGCCUCAUCCACUACGUGCUCAACCUGCUGAACAUCACCGUCCACAUCCGGGACGUGUGCGUGUUCCUGGCGCCGGUGUUCAGCGGCCUGACCUCCAUCUCCACCUUCCUGCUCACGAAGGAGUUGUGGAACCAGGGGGCGGGGCUGCUGGCGGCCUGCUUCAUCGCCAUCGUCCCCGGCUACAUCUCCCGCUCCGUGGCCGGCUCCUUCGACAACGAGGGCAUCGCCAUCUUCGCCCUGCAGUUCACCUACUACCUCUGGGUGAAGUCAGUGAAGACGGGAUCUGUCUUCUGGUCCAUCGGAUGCUGCCUCUCCUACUUCUACAUGGUGUCGGCUUGGGGCGGUUAUGUGUUCAUCAUCAACCUUAUUCCCCUUCAUGUAUUUGUCCUGCUUCUUAUGCAGCGCUUCAGUUGGAGGGUCUACAUAGCCUACAGCACCUUCUACAUCAUCGGCCUGGUCUUGUCCAUGCAGAUCCCCUUCGUAGGCUUUCAGCCAAUCAGGACCAGUGAACACAUGGCCGCAGCAGGGGUGUUUGUGCUGCUUCAGGUCUACGCCUUCCUGCAGUACCUGAAGGACAGACUGACCAAGCAGGAGUUCCAGACCCUGUUCUUCCUGGGAGUGUCUCUGGCUGCUGGAGUGGUGUUCCUCUCCGUCAUCUAUCUGACGUACACAGGGUACAUCGCUCCGUGGAGUGGGCGCUUCUACUCCCUCUGGGACACUGGCUAUGCUAAGAUCCACAUACCCAUCAUAGCAUCCGUCUCUGAGCACCAGCCCACCACCUGGGUGUCCUUCUUCUUCGACCUUCACAUCCUCGUCUGCACCUUCCCAGCAGGCCUCUGGUUCUGCAUUAAGAACAUCAACGACGAGCGCGUCUUCGUGGCCCUGUAUGCCAUCAGCGCCGUUUAUUUUGCCGGCGUGAUGGUGCGCCUGAUGCUGACUCUGACCCCGGUGGUGUGCAUGCUGUCGGCGGUGGCCUUCUCCAGCGUCUUCGAGCACUACCUUGGAGACGACAUGAAGAGGCAGAGCCCGCCCGUCGAGGACAGCAGCGACGAGGACGACAGGAAGAACGCCGGCAACCUCUACGACAAGGCCGGUAAGGUGCGCAAACAUGUGUCAGAGCAGGAGAAGGCCGAGGAGGGCCUGGGCCCCAACAUCAAGUCCAUAGUCACCAUGCUGAUGCUGAUGCUGCUCAUGAUGUUUGCCGUCCACUGCACCUGGGUCACCAGCAACGCCUACUCCAGCCCCAGUGUGGUCCUGGCGUCAUACAACAACGACGGCUCCCGUAACAUCCUGGACGACUUCAGGGAGGCCUACUACUGGCUGAGGCAGAACACGGACGAGCAUGUCAGAGUGAUGUCCUGGUGGGACUACGGCUACCAGAUAGCGGGCAUGGCGAACAGAACCACGCUGGUGGACAACAACACGUGGAACAACAGUCACAUAGCGCUGGUGGGCAAAGCCAUGUCAUCCAACGAGACCACCGCCUAUGACAUCAUGAGGUCGCUGGACGUCGACUACGUCCUCAUCAUCUUCGGCGGGGUGAUCGGCUACUCGGGCGACGACAUCAACAAGUUCCUGUGGAUGGUGCGCAUCGCUGAGGGGGAGCAUCCCAGGGACAUCAGGGAGAGCGACUACUUUACACCACAGGGAGAGUUCAGAGUGGACAAAGCUGGCUCCCCGACGCUACUCAACUGCCUUAUGUACAAAAUGUCUUACUACCGCUUUGGAGAAAUGCAGCUGGACUUCCGGACGCCGCCGGGCUUCGACCGGACGCGCAAUGCCGAGAUCGGCAACAAGGACAUAAAGCUGAAGCACCUGGAGGAAGCCUUCACCUCGGAGCACUGGCUGGUCAGGAUCUAUAAGGUGAAAAAGCAGGAGAACAGGGACCGCGUGGAGCACAAGCUGCGGGGCGCCGACACCACCAAGCAGAAGUACACCUCCAAAAAGACCGCCAAGAGGAAGCGGGGCUACAUCAAGAACAAGCUCUCCCUGAGGAAGGGCCGCAAACUGACCAAGAAGUCUUUAUAGAACGUCCGCCACCGACCGAGGGGCACACACUGUGGGACGGGAGAGGAGAGAGAAAAUCUUAAAACACAAAAAAAAAACAACUUUCAACAAACCAAACCAAGCAGCAACAGUAAAGCCACCGAAUCAACACUCACCCGGAGGUCCAGGCUGGAAAUGUUACCACCGCCUAAGAGAAUGUGUCCAACCCCCCAGCUGACCUUUGACCUGAUAAGCGGGGUCAAGGUGAUGCGUUGGCUCGUCCCAGAUCCACCCCCAUGCUGGAACUGUGACCUUUGACCCGCUUUUCUUUUUUGUACUUGAAUGUGCUCUGAGACGGAGAGAGAGAUCAGCUGUCCUUAAUGCAGGGACUGCUCUAUGCACCCUGUAGGGGAGCCUACAGAGACCCAGACCACGGUCCUACACGAGUCCCCGAGUCAGCGCUGAAACCCCCCCCCCCCCCACCUCCUCAGACUGAAGCCAAGAGACUUUAGGAUGACUGGAAUGGACUUUAUUUGAUUCUUCAUAGAUAUUCAGUGUACCAACCUGCUUCUUCUUUUAUUUGUUCUCAUGUGUUCCAUUUCCUUUAACCUCCCCUUCAUUAACCGGAGCAUGCAUGUACACGUAUGUGCCAACAAGGAGGAGCCAUCACUCGUCAUACAACCUUCCUCUGCUGCGCUGAAGGUUCACAUUAGUUUAUUAUUAGGUCCAUUAUUUUUUUUUUUCCUUUCAGAAAGAAUCAUUUUAUUUUGCGAGUUAACUGCUGAGACCCUCCGAAUGUCAGAAACCCAAGAAACACGGGUAUUCAUCCCAGAGACUUGCUUCCUGGUUCGACUUUAAUUCACUCUACUUGCCGUAGUUGUGCGCGCUCACAGUUUUUCCUCUACACUGUCUUUAUAAUUAAAGGGUUACUCCAGCAGCUCAUCAUAGUCGGGGGACUCACAAGAGACCGAUUUAAAAACAAACUUGUCCAUAAAUUGAGCGCCUUGUAGUUUUAGCUCCAGAAGCACUGGAUCCUACAAUUCCCAUAAUGCACAGGAUGGCUUACUUCCUGAGAUCCUUCAUGCCUCAUAAUCGCUCACUUCUGUAACACCUCCUCACUAUCGGUGUGUAACACGGCAGAGUAAAGACGCCAUGCAGCUGUUUGCUAGCGCUCGUGUUCCUCUCACACUUAGUUGUCGUGACGUCGCCGUGCUCCCACAUCUCAGCGAUGACUGAGACGAGUUGAAUAUGAUCUGAACUAGAAAGAGUCGAGUUGUACCAAACCAGAAUAAUCGUUUAAUUAGUGCGUGUUAUUCUUAUUCGUAUCAUUCGUACAAUGUGGACCCGCACUGAAGCUCAGGACCGAGUCAGACCUACGAGAGAGUCACAGUUCAGUUGGUACGACCCAAUAACAUAUCUUUAUUAAUAAUGAUGCUUUUAGGGAAGAAUAGGACCGUCCACCAGGGAGUGCAUUUCUGAGCUUCAGGUUGAGACAUGAAGCGGUUUGAAUGAUCACUCUGGCUGCAGGUUUACUGAGCUGCACUAGAGUAAGAUCGAGCGCUACUGUGACGGGAGUGUAGCUGCACAUCACCCGGGAGUCACUACUACUUGAGGGUGCUUUCUUUUUGUUGUUGAUCGUAACAUAACCUAACUGGGGGUUUCUGCCACAUCUGCCUGUGUAAUCAUUAGAAAACAUUUGAAGUGCAACAAUCAUUUUGCUCCAAUUUAAAACACGUUUUCGUGGCCAGCAGUAUUUAACCCACACUCUUCUAGUUUCACAACAACGUGAAUGGAAAGCAGCGGCGCCAGUUCCUCCGUCAGUCCGCUGUCUUUGAGUCCAAAGUGAGGCCCGGUUUCUUUUUGUUCUCUUCCACUGCGCUAGGCAGAUACCAGACUGUUUCUGCCCUCACUGCUUAUUCUCUGUCUUCAUACAACAUAAGUGAUCUGUUAUGAUUAGUAAUUUGUCCCCUCUGUGAAACAAACGCUUCCUAUUAUCCUCUAAAUCCUCUUUAUUCUCGUUUCUUGAAGAUAUAUCAAGAAACGACUGAUUCUGUUAGGUUUUGUCUGAGGAGCGCAGGUGGAGAGGAUAGCAUUGGCCUUAACAGAAAAAAACGAAACGUAUGAUUUCCAGAGCUCAGAGGCAGUGAGUGUAUUUAUUACAUGGACGAUGGAGGCUGCGUCCUAUCAGGAAAAUGCAAGGAUCCGGUCCGGGUUUUGAUUUUCUAAGUCGAGGUUUCUUCCAUCAAUUGUAAUGAUCUGGAUGCAGGUGUGAGAAUGAAACAUGCCUUUUUUUGAAUAAAGAGGUUGAAAUAA